AUGAAUAAGAUAAUAUUUAAUAAGAAAAAUUUAAGAAGCCAUAGCGAGAUAAAUGGCGAUAGAACAAAUAAAAGGAAUUUUAUUAAACGCAUUGUUGAAUUUUAUUUGAUCAAAAACGCCGUGUCUGUGCUACAAGACAAAUAUAAAUGUUUUAACAAAGUUUAUGGCUUACGAAUGUAA